AUGAGCGACUCCGAUUCCAAUCCUGCCAUCCCGAGCUGGCAGAAGGCGCAAUCCGACGAGACGGAUAGCCAAAAUACCGACCCGGCGCCGACUCCGUCCACAAGCAGUUCGGCGUCAGAAGUCGAUGCGCCCGCGGUAGAAAAGUCGGUGGAGGAAGAGGAUACACAGCCACAACGUGUACAGGAUGACCAAGAUAAACUCAACAUUGCGCGACGGUUCCUCGAGAACGACGAUGUGCGACACGCGCCUCAUGAUAAGAAGGUCGAGUUCUUAAGGUUUAAAGGCAUAGAUGAAGCCGAGAUACACGCGCUUCUAGGCCAAGAAGAGUCUGCAGCAGAAACAGAAACAAAGUCCACUGCCAGUUCAGAAACUACCAGCGCACAUGCUCCAACGCCUACCGAAAGUCUUCCCCCAACGCCAGCCUCCCAACCGCCCGUCGACCGUCCUCCAAUCGUGACAUACCCCGAGUUCCUCGCCAAACCUCCUCGCCCUCCUCCCUUGGUCACUAAGGAGCGUCUCUUCAAUGCACUCUAUGCAGUGACCGGCCUUUCCACGCUUGUCUAUGGCACAAGCCGCUAUGUUAUCCGGCCCAUGGUUGACAGCCAAGCCGAAGCCCGCACCGACUUCCACGGCCUCACGUCCCGAAAGCUCGACGCCCUCGUCGCGAAGCUCGAAAAGACUGUCUCGGAGGUCCCACCCCAGAAGCCUGUUGCCACAGUCGAGGACGACAGUGAGGCCGAAGACCCUACAGAGAUGUUCCAUCGGGAUAUGGGCACGCAGACUACGUUUCCCAUCAGCUCUGUGACAGCCAUGACGGGUUCCAAAGACAAUGAUUCGCCUGCAAAGCAUAAUGCCAGCCAGCUGGCCAGCUUGAAUAAAACUUUGUCUGGCCUGAAGGAUGCAUAUCGAUCUCAGAGCGAGGGAAUGGAUAAGAUCAAGACAGCUGUCGAUGUGCUACGGGACGACCUCGACACCAUGACAUACACUGCUUAUCCUGACCAUAGCACAGGGUACGAUCUGUAUGGUCGAUCACGCAAACCAGAGCCAGAUGAUGAGAUCCGUAAAGUGCGGGACAAUAUCCGGCGUGUCAAGGGAGUCUUGCUUAGCACAAGAAACUUCCCUGCUUCAGCACGAUGA